AUGCUUGCGUCUACAGUGAUAAAUGUAUUGGACGAUUUGUUCGCGUCAUACGGACUACCCUCGUACCUAGUUACGGACAAUCAAUCUACAUUUGUGAGUGCCGUGAUACAAGAAUUUCUACAGAAACGUGGCAUUAAGCAUAGGACUAUCGCACCGUACCAUUGCGCCACCAAUGGACUUGCAGAGCGGAUGGUAUCAGCAAUGAAACUGUGCCUGCGUACGCUCAACCUCAAUGAGGGUAAUGCUCCAGAGAAAUUACGUACAUUCCUAGCAGCAUACCGGCGUGGCCCACAUCCUACUACGGGCGUAAGUCCAGCAAUGGCGUUCCUUAAACGCGAAGUGAAUACGCCGCUAAGUUUACUGACAAAUCCCAGUGUAUCCCCUACAAUUGAGAAACGCGCUCAAUUGUCGUACGAAUACCAUGACCCAGUCUUCCUGAGGGAUCUAAAGUCGCAGUCAAGGAUGAACCCUUACGUAAAUGGAAGUUGGGAUACGUGA